AUGCCUUCUUACAACGACGAGACAACCACCGAGGAGGUUGCAGCGGACCUCAAGGCGGAAAUUAUCGGCAAGACUAUUUUCCUGACCGGGGCAAGCCCCAAGAGUCUCGGCGCGGUCUUUGCGAUUGGGAUCGCACAGUACCAACCAGCAUGUUUCAUCCUGGCCGGCCGCGAUCUUGCCAAGUGUGAGGAAACAGCACAGGCAAUCAAGGCGAAGAACCCAUCCAUCAGAACCCACAACGUUCAUCUGGACCUCGAGUCUCUUGGUCAAGUUCGAGAAUCGGCUGAGAAGAUCCGCUCCCUCGAUGAGGAGAUUGAUAUAAUCGUUAACAGUGCCGCCAUCAUGGCGGCUCCAUUCUCCAAGACCGUCGAUGGAAUUGAGAGCACGUUUGCAAUCAAUUAUCUUGGGAACUUCGUCCUCACAAACCUCCUUCUACCGGAUAUGCUCGCUAGGGGCCUACCUAUCCGAGUUGUCAAUAUCUCCAGCGAAGGCUGUCGCUUCAGCCCGGUACGCUUUGGGGACCUAGACUUUGGUGAAGGCAAAAACUAUAAUCGAUGGCUCUCGUACGGGCAAUCCAAGUCGGCGUUGAUGCUGUAUACCAAAGCGUUGGCAGAUAAACUCGGCCACCGGAACUUGACCGCUGUUAGCCUUCAUCCGGGUGUGAUCAUGGACACUCAUCUGGCCAGAUACAUGGCUGAUGGGGAUAUUCAGGAAUUGGAUCAACUCGACCACCAGCAGGGCCACUCCAAGUACUGGAUUUGGCCCAAGUUCCAGACACCAUCCCAAGGUGCAUCGACCUAUGUGUUUGGUGCGUUCUCGCCCGACCUGAAGGAUCAAAAUGGCGCGUAUCUCGCCAACAGUGCAGUAGUAGACAUCAAGGAGGUGUACUGCUGGACCAGGGAUGCCGUGGACGCGGAUCGUCUGUGGACGUUGAGUGAAAAGCUUACAGGGCAACAAUUCUUUUUUGAGUAG